AUGGAAAGUAAUAAUUUGAAUCUUCCCAGUGAAAAAGGGUCAUCAAAGAAACCUAAAAACUUACAUAUUGCUCAUAGAAGAUCACCAAGUGAAUUAACUAAUUUAAUGGUUGAACAGUAUAAUUUACAGCGUCAACUUGAAGCAGUUCAAGCCCAACAAAAACAAUUGAUGCAACAACAACAACAAAUGCAAACUAAUCAAUAUCAAAGAAAUGAUUUAAUGCCACCUCCAACUUCUUAUAGAGGCCAUUCAAGAUCAAGCUCCAUUAAUACUUCUCAACCUCAAAACAAUAAUAAUAACAAUAAUAAUGGUCACAGAAGAACAGGUUCAGGUUCAUCGAAUACUUUAGGUCAUAAUAGAAGGCAUUCACUUGGUUUAAACGAAGCCAUUAAAGCUGCUGCCAAUCAAAAACAAACCAAUAAAAAUACUUUAAGUCCUUCUUCAAGUAUUUAUGGUUCACCAAAUCAUGGAUCUUCAAAUCAAGAUAAUGAAAGUAUUGGAUCGUUUAAAUUUCCUGCUAAUGGAUCAGAUGUUGAUAGCGACAGCUCAUCACCAAAAUUAAGUUCUUCACCUUCAGGUCAUUCUAGAUCAAGAUCUUUAGCUUACGGUCAACAAUCUUUCAAAUUCCCUCCUGAUAAACCUAAUUUAUUACCUCCAACUCCAAAUUUCACUAUAAGUCAUAGUCCUGAAAGAUCCAAUAAUGGCCAUCAAAGACGUUCAAGUCAUUAUAGAUCAAAUUCAAGAAAUUUCGAUCCUAAUGGUAAUGUCAAUAUGAAUAAUAAUUGGAGAUCUCAACAAUCGAAUCUUCAAUUACCAAACAAUCAUCAAAGACAAUCAAGUCAAUUAGAACCUCCUCAACCUUUUGUUCCUGGUCAUAGACCUCGUAAUAGUUCAUAUGGUGGUGGAUCAUCAGUUUCUUCAUUAUCUCAAUUUUUACCUAAUAAUAAUAAUCAACAACCUAAUACCAAUGGUCGUAAAUCAUUAUUUGCUCCAUAUUUACCACAAUCUUCAUUACCUGAAUUAAUUAACGAUGGUAGAUUAGUUACAGGAACUUUGAGAGUUAAUAAAAAGAAUAGAUCCGAUGCUUAUGUUUCAACUGAUGGUUUAUUAGAUGCUGAUAUUUUUAUUUGUGGUUCAAAAGAUCGUAAUAGAGCUUUAGAAUCUGAUUUUGUAGCAGUUGAAUUAUUAGUAGUUGAUGAAGUUUGGGAUGGUAAGAAGGAAAAGGAAGAAAAAAAGAGAAGAAAGGAUACUAAUUAUUCUAAAAAUACUUCCUCAAUGAAUGAUGAUAUUCAUAAUGAUGCUACCUCAUUACCUUCUAGUCAUGAUCAGAACAAUAAUAAUGACGAUAAAGGAUUGAAUAGAAGAGGUUCAUUGAAACAAAGACCAACAAUGAAGAAAAAUGAUGAUGUUGAGGUUGAAGGUCAAUCAUUAUUAUUGGUUGAAGAAGAAGAAAUUAAUGAUGAAGUUAAACCAUUAUAUGCUGGUCAUGUGGUUGCAGUUGUGGAUCGUAUUGGUAAUCAAUUAUUUGCUGGAACUUUAGGUUUACUUAGACCAGCCCAAGCUGCUCAAGCCGCAAGAGAUAAAAAAGAUGGUAAAGAAUCAUCGGUUCAAACCCCAAGAGCUCCAAAAAUCGUUUGGUUUAAACCAACCGAUAAAAAAGUUCCUUUAAUUGCCAUUCCAACAGAACAAGCUCCUAAAGAUUUUGUUGAAAAUCAUGAAAAAUAUGCCAAUGACUUGUUUAUUGCUACUAUUAAAAGAUGGCCCAUUACUUCUUUACAUCCUUUUGGUACUUUAAUCAAUAAAUUAGGUAAAAUUGAUGAUUCUGAAACUGAAAUUGAUGCUAUUUUAAGAGAUAAUAACUUCUUAUGUGAUGAAUAUCCAAGUAAUAAUGAUGAAGAAAGUGGUGCUAUAUUAAAUUCUUAUCUCAAUGAUUUACCUUCAAUUUCAGCUGAAUUGGAAAACUCAAACAGAACUGAAUAUUUGUAUGAUUAUAUCAUAGCAUUCAGUCAAAAUAAUGAAUUUGUUGAUCAUGCUUUACACGUUAAAAGAUUAUCUAAUACCAAGAUUGAAUUAGGUGUUCAUAUUGCUGAUGUAACUUACUAUAUUGAAGCAGGUUCAGUUUUAGAUAGAAAAGCUAAAAAGAGAUCAUCCUCAGUGUUUUUACCUCAAAAAGUAGCUCAUUUAUUACCUCCAGAAGUCAAUAAGAUCAUUUCUUUCAAAGAAAAUGAAAAGAAUUUGGCUAUUUCUGUAGUUUUUGAAAUUGAUACUACCAAUUUUGAAGUUGAAGAUUUAUAUAUUCAUGAAUCAGUAAUUGUUCCUAAUCAAGUUGUUACUUAUGAUUCUGUUGAUGCUAUUUUAGAUGGUAAACCUGUUGAAAAUGUCUCAUCAGCUACUUCUGAUUACAUUAAAACUUUCAAUUUAAUUGCCAAAGAAUUUUGUCGCCAAAGAUUAAAUGAUAGAGAAUUGGGUAUUGUACCAAAUUUAACAUUAUUAGAUCAAUUGGAUGAUGAAAAAGUUAGAUUAGACUUGAACAUUUUCAAGAAUAGUAGAACCUAUGAUAUAAUCACUGAAAUCGGACAUAAAGUUAAUAGUGCUAUCGCAGCCAAAAUCCAUGCUGGAUUAGGUGAUAAGGCAUUAUUACGUCGUCAUCCUUUACCAACUUUACUGAAGAUGGAAACAUUUGUUAGAAAAUCAGAAAAUUUGGGUUUUAAAAUCGAUACGACUGAUUCUUCAACUUUACAGAGAUCAAUUUUAGCCAUUGAAGAUCCAAUUAAAAGACAAUGUGUGGAAAUUUUAUUAUAUAAGUGCAUGAAUAGAGGUAAAUAUUAUGUUGCAGGAAAGCAAGAUCCUGAUAGUUAUGGUCAUUAUUAUUUCAAUUUACCAUUAUACACACAUUUCAAUGCCCCAAUGAGAAGAUAUGCCGAUAUUGUUGUUCAUAGACAAUUAAAAUCUAUCAUUAAUGAAAAUAAUGAAGAGGUUGAAGUUAAUAAAUUACCAGAUAUUGAUUCAUUGAAAGCUAUUACUGAUUAUUGUAAUUUCAAAAAAGAUUGUGCAGCUAACGCUCAAGAACAAGCUAUCCAUUUAUUAUUAUCACAAACUAUAAAUGAUAUUAGUGGUGAUGCUGGCCAAAUCUUAUGUAUGGGUACAGUUAUUCAAGUUUAUGAAUCAUCAUUUGAUGUUUUCUUACCAGAAUUUGGAGUUGAAAAAAGAGUUCAUGGUGAUCAAUUACCUUUAGUUAAAGCCGAAUUUGAUAAAUCCAAUAGAAUUUUAGAAUUAUAUUGGGAAGAAGGUAUUGAUUCAGCUACUUAUAUUCCUCCUGAUGAAAAAUCCACUUUAUCCUACAGAUCUUCAAUCAAGAAUAAAUACAGAACAUCAGCUUCUGAAGCUGCUAAAAUUCAAAAUAAGAAUAAAGAUAAGACAGAAUCAAUUAUUGAAAAAUUAUCUCAAUUAAAUUUACAACCACCAAAAGUUGUUAUUCCUUCAUUAGAAAAUACUAAUACCAAAUCAAUGCCAACUUCACCAAAUCAAGCAUCAUCAUUCCCAAAAAAUCCAAGAACAAUUUCAUCUUCAUUAAUUACUGAAAGUUCUAAUUCAACUUUAGCUCCUUACUUACAAUAUUUAACUACCAGAAAAGAGGGAGAUUAUAAUAUUCAAGAAAUAAAAGAAUUAUCUCAAGUACCAGUUUUGUUAAGAGCUGAAAUUGGUAUGGCAUUACCAUGUUUAACAGUCAGAGUAUUAAAUCCAUUCGCUGAAUCUUCAUAA